UUAUAAAGGCGGGGCGGGCAGUGCGCGCUCUUGUGGCCUGCUGUCCUGGCGGCGCCAACAGGAUCGCUGAGAUCGUUUCGACAUGCUACGCCGUGCUCUGCUCUGCCUGGCCCUGGCCGCGCUAGUCCGCGCGGGCGCCGGCGCCCCCGACGAGGAGGACCACGUCCUGGUGCUCCAUAAGGGCAACUUCGACGAGGCGCUGGCGGCCCACAAGUACCUGCUGGUGGAGUUCUAUGCCCCAUGGUGUGGCCACUGCAAGGCUCUGGCCCCGGAGUAUGCCAAAGCAGCUGGGAAGCUGAAGGCAGAAGGUUCUGAGAUCAGACUGGCCAAGGUGGAUGCUACUGAAGAGUCUGACUUGGCCCAGCAGUAUGGCGUCCGUGGCUACCCUACCAUCAAGUUCUUCAAGAACGGAGACACGGCAUCCCCCAAAGAGUACACAGCUGGCAGAGAAGCCGACGAUAUCGUGAACUGGCUGAAGAAGCGCACAGGUCCUGCUGCCAGCACGCUGUCUGACGGGGCUGCCGCGGAGGCCUUGGUGGAGCCCAGCGAGGUGGCAGUCAUCGGCUUCUUUAAGGACGUGGAGUCGGAGUCUGCCAAGCAGUUCUUACUGGCAGCAGAGGCCACUGAUGACAUCCCCUUCGGGAUCACAUCCAACAGUGACAUGUUCUCCAAAUACCAGCUGGACAAGGACGGGGUUGUCCUCUUUAAGAAGUUUGAUGAAGGCCGGAACAACUUUGAGGGGGAGGUCACCAAGGAGAAACUUCUGGACUUCAUCAAGCACAACCAGUUACCCCUGGUCAUCGAGUUCACUGAGCAGACAGCCCCGAAGAUCUUCGGAGGGGAAAUCAAGACACACAUCCUGCUGUUCCUGCCGAAGAGCGUGUCUGACUACGAGGGAAAACUGAGCAACUUCAAAAAAGCUGCCGAGAGCUUUAAGGGCAAGAUCCUGUUUAUCUUCAUCGACAGCGACCAUGCCGACAACCAGCGCAUCCUGGAGUUCUUCGGCCUGAAGAAGGAGGAGUGCCCGGCCGUACGCCUCAUCACGCUGGAGGAGGAGAUGACCAAGUACAAGCCAGAGUCGGACGAGCUGACGGCAGAGAAGAUCACCGAGUUCUGCCACCGCUUCUUGGAGGGCAAGAUCAAGCCCCACCUGAUGAGCCAGGAGCUGCCUGAUGACUGGGACAAGCAGCCUGUCAAAGUGCUCGUUGGGAAGAACUUCGAAGAGGUCGCUUUUGAUGAGAAAAAGAACGUCUUUGUGGAGUUCUACGCCCCGUGGUGCGGUCACUGCAAGCAGCUGGCCCCCAUCUGGGAUAAGCUGGGAGAGACGUAUAAGGACCACGAGAACGUCGUCAUUGCCAAGAUGGACUCCACAGCCAAUGAGGUGGAGGCGGUGAAAGUGCACAGCUUCCCCACGCUCAAGUUCUUCCCCGCCAGCGCCGACAGGAUGGUCAUCGACUACAAUGGGGAGCGGACACUGGACGGUUUUAAGAAGUUCCUGGAGAGCGGCGGCCAGGACGGAGCCGGGGAUGAUGAUGAUCUAGAAGACCUCGAAGAAGCAGAAGAGCCUGAUCUGGAGGAAGACGAUGAUCAAAAAGCUGUGAAAGAUGAACUGUAACACAGAAACCAGACCUGGGCACCCAAACCCGGCACCUCCCAGUGGGCUGCACAGCCUCCGGACGCCCACAGACCCUCCCGGAGAGGGAGCGUCGAUCGGAAAUGCAGGGAACUUUUUUGAAGCCACACUUCACUCUAACACACGUGUAGAUCUAAACCCGUCUUCCUUUGCUUUUCAACUUUUGGAGAGGGGUUUAUUUCCAGGCCAGCCCAGCCCAUCUUGGCGGGCCUUUUUUAAAAUUGUGAUGUACUUUUUUGUACAUGGUUCUGUCCAGAGUGCCCGCUAAAAUGUUUCGGAAUCUCACGCUGGCAAUGUCUCAUUCCUGUUAGGUUUAUACUAUCGCUUAAAAAAAAUUCCAUCUGUGGGAUUUUUAGAUGUUUUUGGAAGUCAGGGUGUCUGUUCCACCUUGGCCAGGCCUCCCUGGGACUCCUGUCCCCUGUGUGGGGCGGGACCAGGCCGGUCUGGACAGGUCCCUCACCUCAUGCGGUGUUGCCAUGGUGGAGCGUGGCUCCUGUGUCGUUUGGUUAAAUGGUGACUUCAGGUUUCUGUCACAGGGGCCCCCCCCAUGACUGGAGGGUGCAGCUGCAGCCCCCUCCUUCCCCAAGCCAGGGUCCUCGUUGCUCUGUGACAUCCAGGGUGGCCUGAGGCCUGCACCAGGCAGAACCAGGACCCUCCGUUCCCAGGCUGGGAGACGGCCACGGAUGCUUGCUUGAGCCGAAUCACAUGUUGACAGUUCUUCAGGCAUUUCUACCACAAUAUUGGAAUUGGACACAUUGGCCAAAUAAAGUUGAAAUUUUCUGCCU